GCGGAAGUGCCCCGAGGGAUGGAGCGAGAAGGAGAGAGAGGAAGAGCAUUACAGCAUCAAUUCUGAAGGAGAGCACAUCAUUUUAUUCCUCUGAUACCAGAUACCAACACAACCACGUCCAUGUCUCUCCAAUCCCAACCCACCACCUCAACCACCAUCCAAGCCACCGAAUGGACGAGUCUGCCCUCGCGAUACCGCCGCCCCGGUGGGCAAUCCGAGCAUAGUCUGCACCAGAAGCGCGGCCACCCGCUCGACUCCUUCCUCGAGGGGCCCCUCUACAUCCCCUCGCUGCGCCGCUUAUUCGUUGUCGACAUCCCCUACGGGCGGAUCUUCUCGAUCGACGUGGAAACCCGGGAAUGGAGACUCGUCCUCGCCUACGACGGCGAGCCAAACGGCCUGGCUUACCACCAUCCAACCAACCGCAUCCUCAUCGCCGACUUCAAGCAAGGCAUCCUCGCCUUCGACCCGACCGCACAUCCAGACCCAAAUGACGUUCCAACACCACUGGUCGCGCGCUUCCACGGCGAACGUCUCAAGGGCCCCAAUGAUCUGGUGGUCACCUCCACCGGCACGGUCUACUUCACCGACCAAGGCAUGACGGGCUUGCAUGAUCCGACGGGUCGGGUGUUUCGCUUCAACCUUCCACCAAAUAAUAGCAACCACCUCGCAAGCCAACCGCAUAUCAAACUGGAAUGCGUGUUAGGCAACGGCCCCUCCCCUAACGGACUGGUGAUGAGCCGCGACGAGUCCGCCGUGUUCGUUGCCAUGACCCGCGACAACGCGGUUUGGUACGUCCCCUUCCAUCCGGACGGGAGCGUGCAGCGCGUGGGCCGGUUCGCUAGCUACUAUGGGAUUGGUGGGCCAGAUGGGAUGGCGAUGGAUGUGGUGGGGAAUAUUUUCGUCGUGCAUUCCACUUUGGGAGUAGUGUUUGUGCAUCGGCCGGAUGGGGAGAUCGGGUGGCGCAUUCGGUGGGAUGCGGGCGCAGGGAAGAAAAUGACGAACUUGACGUUUGGGGGACCCGAGGGAAAGACUUUGUUUCUGGUUGAGAGUGAGACGGGGACGGUUUUGGUGGUGGAGUGGUUUUGGAAAGGGGUUUUGGGUGGGGAUGACAAUGCAGAGAGAUAGGGCCUUGUGGUACGGUGUCGUGGAUGUAUGUAUACCAGGUAAAAUAUGUGGGUAGGGAUAGAGAUUCUGGUGGAUG